GAUUCGGAUCUCUCCUCGCGCUAGGAUCAGCUACACUAGAACAGUUCAGGUUGUGGCAGCAGUGCCCUAAGUACGCCAAACCACGGCAUUAUUGCCGUAUUCUGGAAAAUCUGUCCUUUUUCUCGGGGGGAAAAAAUUACUCGGAACGGAUUCCAUGUCCGUUGAAACAUCUUCAGCACUCAGCAAAAAUAAUCUGUUAAUCCCCAGACUCCCAAACUGAGGAAACAGACCGGGACCGUUGGGACUUCUAGGACAUAUUCUGGUUACUACUGCGCAAAAAAGUACAGAGAAUCUUAUUAUACAUACUUGUAUUGUGGAGCAAACGGAUCGGAUGCAUUAAACGCCGCGUUAUUCAGGGCACAGGGUUGAACAGCCGCACUGGAUUCAACGCUUGGGAUGCGGGAUCCCUGAACUUAUCUGCUUCUUAUCCGCCUCGUCGAGCGGACUUUUCAUCUGCAGAAUCAGAGAGUCGAUGAGCAUCUUAUUCGUGCUUUGGAUUUGAUCUCAGUUGCUGCCUGCUCUAAACUCUUCUGCAGACGUUGCGCUGAAUGCAGUUUUAGUAUAACAGCUGACUUUCUGUCGUAAAGUGAAGGGUGGACAGAAGUGGAUUGUGUUGAAGUUGCAUGAAUCACCGGAUCGCUGUUUGCAGAUCGCGAUAUCAGAUCGGAUAUUUGGCACGAGGCGUGAAGCGUGAUGAUGAUGUUGGCGACUUUUUGGAUAGUCCUGCUGGUCGCGUUAAACGCUCCAGCGGGUAAUGGGCAGUCAGUGCAGACGGACCCCAUUAAGUCCGGAUUUGUGGGUGACACGGUCGAACUGCGAUGUGUCUUCAUCAACGGUAAGCCACCAGUGAAGAUCUCUCAGGUCACCUGGCAAAAGCUGAUAAAUGGCACCAAACAAAACGUCGCCACCGCUAACCCAGACUUGGGAGUAUCAGUGCUGCCCCCUUUCAAAGACCGUGUGAGCUUCAAGCAUCCUGCUGUGCGCCAGAGGUCCCCCUCUACUCUUGAGGAUACCACCAUUGUCUUCAGCAACCUCCGGCUCUCUGAUGAGGCAGCCUACAUCUGCGAGUACACCACCUUCCCAGCAGGCAACAGGGAGAAUAUGGUCAACCUCACCGUCUUUGCACGGCCAGUGACCCAGAUGACCUUGACUUCAUCUACCAUCGUGGCAAGGACGCCGAAGCACAAGAUACCUGUUGCCAGCUGCAUGUCGGCUAACGGCAAACCUCCCAGCGUCAUCAAAUGGGACACCACUCUGAAGGGUGAAGCCACGUUUCAGGAAACGCGCAAUCCAAACGGCACCGUGACCGUGCAAAGCAACUACAUCUUGUUGCCCAGCCGCGAGACCCACCGUCAAAAGCUGACCUGCAUCGUCACCUACCAUACAGACCGCUUUAUUGACAGCGUCAUACUCAAUGUUCAGUAUGAGCCAGAGGUAAAAAUCGAGGGAUUUGAUGGGAACUGGUUCCUGAAUCGCGAAGACGUAAAGCUGACAUGCAAUGCAGACGCCAACCCAGCCGUCACCGUCUACCAGUGGAAACUGUUGAAUGGAUCCCUUCCCAACAACAUUGAAAUCAAGAACAACACCCUGUUCUUCAAAGGCCCGGUGACCUAUGAGUUUGGCGGUACAUACGUCUGCGAUGCAACCAAUAGCAUUGGCACACGCUCUGGACUCGUAGAGGUCAACGUGACGGAAUUCCCUAACUCCCCGCGUUUUGAUGACCCUGACAUCCCAAAGGCGGUGCAUAGUUCCGGAGCUGCCAUCGGUGGUGCGGUCGGUGGAGUGGUCCUGCUGGUGGCCGCCAUCGCACUGCUUGUCUUCUUCCUGCGGCGGCGUCAGCGCACCUUUAAAGGCGACUACAGCACCAAAAAACAUGUAUUCGGGAAUGGAUACAGCAAGGCCGGCGGCAUGCCUGCCCAUCCUCCGAUGCCCAAGAACCUGCAGUACCCUGACGACUCAGAUGAUGAAAAGAAACCAACUCAAAUUAGCGGGCCCGGUGGUUUCGAGAGCGCCGAUCAGGAUUUUGACGGCAACUCUGAGGAUCUGAAGAGACCCUAUUUCACUGUAGAUGAAGGCGAAAGUCGCGAUUACGAUGAACGGACUCUCCCCUUCCAGUACGACCCCGAGCCCGAGAUCACCGACGACAUGGUCUCCCAAAACGACGGCUCUGUUAUUUCAAAGAAAGAGUGGUAUGUGUAGAGUGGCAUGCAACAUCAAGGAAAAAAGGUCGACCUUUUGCCCUCUCCUGCAUCCAACCACAUCCAUCCACCUCCAUCACUAGAACCCUCCCUCCAUGUGUUUUUCCCUAUCUGCACAUCCCAUCCCUGACCCAUUUACCUUCGCCCCCAUCAGAGUCCAUCGAAAUAAACAGCUCUAGAAAAAGCAUCAACACGUCUACAUCAACAUGCUUUUAGAUGAACCUGCAACAACAGCUAGAGGUUUUCUCAGUGACUGAUGCCAAUCGACAUCCAGUAAGGCUGGACAUGCAGGUAGCUUGAACAUAUUACGGUGUAUUAUCAUUUUUGUCUCAUUUUGUUGUUAUUAUACAUGUAUUAAAUGUAUAAAAAGAGACUGUAAGUGUUUCGGAAAGGGGUAUAUUGCUGAUCAUGUUGUGAAAGUCUAACACUGGAUGUAUGAUUAUUAUUAUUUUUUAAUAUUGUCUUGUUUUUUUUUGUUUAUCUCCUUAGCAUAUCACCAUUACUUUUACAUUAAUCAUAGUUUUGUCUGUUUUUAAAUAAUCUUGUUUUUAUAUGGAGUGUGAGUUACCAGAAAAUGUGGAACUAAAUAGUAGAAUAAAUAUUCCUGCUCAUACAUGUGCCGUUGUGAGGUCAAAGGUUGCGUUAACACUAUCGUGUUUAAUGGAAACAUCAUAAUCCUGUGGUUCUUGGUACAAACGCCGCUCCCAACUUCCUAAAGGACCCAGAAUGUACAUCCAGGGGUCCGACAAUGUGGCAUAGCCUUGAAGUGUACAAUCCAAUGGAACAAAAAUGCAUGUGGUUUCUGACUACUCUCCAAAAACAGUAUUUAUUUUAAGACCCAGCUCUGCUGAGAGCUGAGGAACACAUCUGCAGCGUUAGUCAUAUGCACACUGCAGUCGAGCAUGCAGAACGGGGCCUAGACAGAUAUACUUCACCCACCCACCCGGCCCUCAAUCUCCAUGCCAGUCCAAGUCAGUCUCCAUCCAUAGAUCCACCUCGGAUGUGCCAUCACGUGUAGUGUUUUCAUAGCAAUGCUUUCCCAAAUCCAUUUCCUCUGAAACUCUUAAGACGCAAAAGGAGAAUCCUGUGUAAUGUGGUGUUGUUAUAAAGACAGGGUGUUUGUUAUUUAGAGUUGGUGAUGUGGAGUGGUCAAAAUGUUUUCAAGAUCUUGUAAAUAUGAACAGGUUCAACGGUAAUGUUUAGUUCCACGGGAGAUUAAAGCACAGGUGUAUAGUGCUUGUGUCAACCAGCAUUUAGAGCCUUUUGAUGGAAGCAGUUUUUCCAAAAGUAUAAGUAGCGGUAAGAGCAUGGGUCAUGGGAAUUAAACUACGGAAAAGUCUCGAGCCAAAGUGGAAUCGGAGGUAAACAUGGCAGCAACUGGGCUUCACCGACAGUUGUUAUGCACUGCUGGAUCUUUGAAACCGCAGGAUCUGCUGCAAAGCCAGGAUUCCUUUCCAAAUCCUUCCUGAUCCUCUAUAAGGAGCAGAUAUGUUUGCUACAAAUUAGUAUGUAUUUAAAUAAACAAAAUGGAUAUUCAUCAAAAUCCUGACAUACCUGUUCGGCUGCAAAAUGUAUGAGCAUUCAGGCCUUUUUUUAAUGCAUGUUUGUUUUUUUUAACUGCUCUUUGUUUGGUUUAGCAUUUCUCACACUUUUAACAUCAGGGUUGUUUGGUGUUUGUGAAUAGGUGGGCAGUUUUCCAUUAAAAGAUUUUACUUUCAGAGACAAAUAACCACCCUGCGUCCUUACCUCUUGCUAGACUCAAAAAAAAAAAUGUUUUAGUAGACUUUACCAUUGCUUGUCCAUUAAAUAUUCAGUUCUCUUGCCUGCCUUAAACAGGGCUCUAUAGAAGACGAAAUAUUAUUACACUGAACCCCUGAAAUAUCAUAGACAAUCUAGGAGGACCUGAGAACAUGGGGAAACUCCAGAUGAGGUUGCUCACUAACUCAUGGAAUCUGGCGGCUAUUUUGCAUUUUCUCUCUAAGGGAAUUACAAAUGUUAUCAUGCAUUAAAGCUGAGAGGUCCACACUCCAGUUGGUAGAUGAAGCCAUCAUUAGAAGAACCCACAUAAUAAACAAACUGCAGCCACUGAUUCCCUGUGGUCCUUGUAAUACACUUACAUCUAAGCUACAUACCUUGAUGGUAGAUUUCAUUCACAUCUUGAUUUGACCUAAAGCAGACCACAUGAUGAAUAACUGUACAUCUGUUGCUUAGAAAACCUUGUAUUUUAGCUUAACAAUGUGCAACAUUAUACAAAUUGCAGUGCCUAUGACGUGUGAGAUGUUAGGUUUUACUCUUGCUUUAAGCUUUGCAUAUUGUAAAGAUUGGUUUCUUUCUUUUUUCUUUUUUUUAUGUUCUUUUUUUAUUAUUAUUAUUGUGCCUUGUCUGCCCUCACUGUAAUGUUUUUUUUUACAACAUUUGCAUGAUAGACAUCAUGGAUAUACACAAGUUGGCCAGCGUGGUGGAAAGUGCAUCACCUGGACUCCAGGUAUUACAGAAGCUGUGUUUUUGCCGUGUUUUUUAAACCCAUGAUGACAAAAGCAGCCCAUUGCUGGUCCGUCAGCACUUUGUUAACCAGCUCACAACUGGAAACCUGCUACUUAAUCAUGGCUGUGAUUAAAGAGACUGACAUCACUUUAGAUAAAGCACAAGUUUUUUUAAUUAGUAGUUAAUUAUAUAUGUAGUUAUUUUUGUAUCGCUUUCUCUUUAUUUCAUUCUUUUCACGGAUCCCUGUGUUUCCAGGGUUUUGUUAAUUAAAGGUUCUUUUUUUUAUGUUUUCUCAAGCCAAGCACAAGAUACCCAUUUACCAGAUGCUAUUAAGGCUUUAAAUGUCAAAUGAAAGAAUUUGAUUGACUAUAAAUUAUUUCCAUGCCCCAUAUUUGAUUGUUGCUGCUUCUAGCAGCAUUAAAUAGCCUGCACAAGUGCUUGGGCAUACUAAGAAACUAAUUUUUUUGGUUUUGAAUAUUGUUCUACAGACACAAUAUUGCUUUGGAUUCCUUCUUUUAUAUGUUUCUCAUUUUAGAGUCUCAUGUCUUUCUAACUGCCCACUUCAAAGCCUGACAUUCCACUGUAAAUAAUGUAUGUACCUUGGAACCUAGAGUUGGGUUUACUGUAUGUUAUGGGAACAGAAAUGGAGUUUCAAGUGUGGACGUUGACUGCAACAUGAACUAGAAAACAAAUUAUAGACCGCUCAGAUGACUGGAGAUGUAUAGCUUAUCGCCAUAAUCUACUUUGACAUGGACUUGGGUAGAUACGUUUUGAUAUGUUAAUGGGUUCUGUAUAGAGAUGUGGGGCUGAUGCAGCACGAUGACUUUGUACAUAACUGCAACAAAACAAACAAACAAACAAAAAAAACAUAAAACUAAGAAAGAUCUUGUCUUCAUGCAGCCAUGUGAAUGUAUGUCUGCUGAGGUCAGUAAUGGUAUGAAAAAUAUAUAUAUAUUGUUCACAUGUGUUGACCCAGUGAAGUAAACUGUAUUUGCUUUAAAACAUUAAAUGAUUUAAAUGUUCAAA